AUGGCGUGCAGCCAGAUCAGUGGACCAAUCGAAUACCGCACACUUAUUACGCUGGUUAUCAGACUAUUCCACUCGCGCAUCGCGACUGGCUCUAUGCGGAAAGUGAUCACAAACCAAGAGCCACGGUCGCAGAUCUCGCACCAGACCGUCAAGACCCUCCACUUUGAGCCGGAAUAUGCUGAGACGAGUCUGUCACUCCGUCAGCACAUGCGGACCAUCUUCAAGCGGUCCAGCAUACCAAAGUACUCCUUUUCCGUCGUUGUCGAACACCCUUCCGUCAUCCAGUUGGAAAACCCGAAGCCAAUUUCGUUUCGACUUAAAGUUAUCCCGGAGAAAGCACUGGAACACACAACAGAGUUCGUUGCGGAUAAGCCUCCAGCAGUCACACUGGACGACCUGGAACUCCGGCUUCGGAGCUCGACGUCCUGCCGUGACCUCGACAUAUGGGGCUACAAUGCCACCGACGAAACCCGAUCGAGGUGGCAAGACCAUCUCUCCUACCGGUGGAAAAGCGGCUCUGGAUCGGCCGCAACGUAUUGGGUGACGCUAUCGACAUCGGCCAGCAGAUAA